GUGUGGCGGGGGUUCAUUCUAAUUCGGCCCUGCUCUGCUCUGGCGGCCGGGUUUAAUUCGGCGGCGGCGGCGGCAUCAGGUGGCGCUGAAGUAGGAGGUAGAUUGUGGUGGCGUUCAGGGACUCGCUCAAGGUGCUCGAGGUUGACAUCCAGCAUGCGAACACCCUGUUUGGAGCGUGUGUUGUUCACCAUGUCGUGAAUUCAUCUCUGGCGGUCUGCCACAGGCCUUCCGAGUGCUCGAGGGACUACGACAGGGCGUGCCUGCAGAUGCGCAUGUCCUACAGCCCCACCAUGCGCAUCUUCCUCUUCCUCAUGAAGUGGACCAACUGCAGCCUCGCCGGCACGGUUUAUGUGGACGGCACCACCACAAUGUCCACCCAUGACAGGAAGGCCAGCAUCAGGGAGAUAAACGCUUUGUACAUAACUGAAAACAAUAGCAUCGUUAAGCAUUUGAAUGGAGCACAUAUAGGCAUGCCCCGGUUCAUUUUAGAGUCACUUGGUUGUUUGAUGCGUUCGUGCUCGUCGGCGGGACGGUGCAAGGCGCAACUCCGACGCGGUUCCUCGCCGGUUGGACGGCAUUCAGGCGCAACCCCGGCGCGCACUGAGUACUGCCUUGGCUAUAACCUCCCUCGAAAUUCAGUUCAUAUGAAAGAAAAGAAAGGCAUACAGUACCUGGCAUUGACAUUGGGAGCAUGGGCUACUGCUCGCACCUCUACCUACAGGUUACAGGUUCCUUCCUUUCUCUAUAUGGUGGCCUGCGAAGGAAGAUUUUUGUUACUCAUUCAGGUACUUUAAUUGUAAGUGCAUGCUUACAGAGUUCUAUCAUGCACAAUCAUCUAUGCACACCGGUCUAUCCAGAAGAUUAGGUCGCGGCCCUCUCUGCCUGGGCCGCCAGCUCCCCGGAGGGCCGCAUCCGGCCUGCCGCAAGUACACCUAAGCUGCCGCCUCCCCGGGGGCCGUAAUUGGAAGUGGAUGACCAAGGAGAAGGUGCACGGUGGGGGCCAGGCGCUUAAGUGGGAGGCGGAGCUCGCCUCCCCCAGCGGCGACGGCUUCGAUCUCAAGUGAAAGUGGGAGGCCAAGUCCAAGCCCGUCGCUGCCGGUAAGGCUAAAACCAAGUGGGGCACCGAGGAAGCUAGCAAGGAUGAGAAGAGGCCGGCGAGGAAGUGCGUCCAGAGCAAGUAGAUCCCCGCUGGCUGAGACGUCCAGAUCGAAGUACUUAGCAGAAAAGAUGAGAUUUUUGUGGGGGUUUGGCCCCGAUUUGAAUGAAAUGUAGGAUUUUCAGUACUCCAAUAGCAUACUCCAGUACUUCUUUUAACUAUAUCUGAUUAUAGAUAUUUUAUAUAGUAUCAUAUACUGUUAAGAAACAAUUUUGCUUUUUGCUUGACA